AUGAGGAAACGAGGGGGGUUGUGUUCGUCAGAUUGGAAAACGAACAAAGCCACGAGCGUUUGGUGGCUUUCUCUCACCCGUCGAUCCCCUCUGUACGGAAAUAUCGGAGGUAUCACAAGAAUCUUACACGCAGCGGCCCUGCAAGCUAUUAGCGUGGCGGGGAAAUGGGGUUGGUGGUUCGAAGCUCCUACGGGUUGCCCGAUUCGGAAAUGGGGACGUAUCAUGUUUGAAUUUGAGCUCAUCGUCCAUGCCCGUAAAAUGACUUUCAGAAGGAACUUCGUGAGGGACCGUCUUGGAAUACGAGUGCGGGUUAGUGCAAGCGGAGGAAGAGUAACACUGCAGAGGGGCCGAUCCGGAGAUACCCACACGCGCCGCUUCUCCGCCCGGCCGCCGGUGCCCCCGCCCGCAUUUCUCAGUGCCAUUGAGCCAAUCGCCUCCGACACCUUUCCUUGGCUCGUAUUCCUCCCGGGCCUAUGGCGCCGGGCCGGAUUAUCAAUGUCCAUCCUGAUGCCAACAGCUCUAAGCGUUACUGUUCACGCAAUACAUGUUGUGCAGUUAACACGCUGCUCGGAUACUAUCUGGCCUCUAGAUGAUGGCUUUCCCCUUGUCCCAUACGGACUUAAGAUGGAGGGACCCAUUCAAGAGAAGAAGACGAUAGUGGAUGGCUACUUGUUCAGAAUGCAUACAAUCCAUUGUUUCCACGCGAGGUAUGGCACCUCUACCAGUCAGUACUGCGUAAAGGUACAUCACCUUGCGAACUUGAAGUCCAAUGACGCCAUUGUAACCCAAAUUGCGCAGAGUCAUUAUCCUCUGCCCCGUGCCCCCUCACUGGGCCCCAUGGCAACGGAUCCAACGCUGUGCGAUAAGCACCUCUUCUGCCUGCUUAGGCUCAUUCGCCGGAGCCAAUCGAAGCUUCCGGCGGGUCGCAGAUCCGCUCGGUUCCAGCUGCCCCGUGCCUCUCGUUCCUGCGCCUGCCGUGUUGUGCCUGUGACCGACUCGGACGGGAAGCUCCAGCUGAGGUGUCUUCAACGGCCAACCUCUACGAUUCCCACUCCGCCUCUUUCUACCUUGUCACCUUGA